GCGCCGCGACGCUGCGGAAGGGGACCCCCGCGCGCCCGGCACGGCCCGCUCCAGGGACCACCCGGGGCCGCCCCGGCCGGCCCGGCGGGGUGCAGACGCGCCAGGGGGUCAACCUGAUGGGUCUCGGGGUCAACGGAAGAGCGGGAGGGGCGCCCCGGCGGGGCGAAGCCCCCGGCCCCCCGGCCCGCGGCUGAGGCGCAGGAGGGCGGCCAUCUUGGCCGCGAGGGGCGGGCCCGGGCGCGGCGGGCGCCGCGCGAUUGGGGGGCCCGGCCGGAAGUGACGCGGCGGGCCGGAAGCGGCGGGGGCUCCCGGGCGCGCUCCCCCCGCGCGCGCCGGCGCCCCCGCUCGCUCCCCGCCCCCCGCCUCCUCUCGGGCCGGCUCCCCCCCCGCGCGCGCGGGCCCCGGCCCGCCUCCCCCGCCCGCGGAGCCGCGGAGAGAGGCAAGAUGGCGGCCAAGUCCGAUGGCGGCGGCGCGGGGGUGGGCUUCGCCCAGCUGCGCGACCUGGACGAGGCGGCGGGCGGCGACGAGGACGGCGAGCCCGGCGGCGGCGGCGGCGGCGGCGGCGGCGGCGGGAGCGGCGAGGAGCCGGGCGAGAGCAGCUCGCUGCACAUCUGCCACUGCUGCAACAGCUCGUCGUGCUACUGGGGCUGCCGCUCGGCCUGCCUGCGCUCGCUGCUCGGGCCCAAGGCGCGCCGCGCCCCCGCCGCCGCCCCCCACGCCGCCGCCGACGGGGGGUCCCGGCCGCCGCCGCCGCCCGCCGCGCGCCGCCCCCCGACGCCGCCGCCGCCCGCGCAGCGCCCGUGGCUCGACUGCCUGUGGAUCGUGCUGGCGCUGCUCGUGUUCUUCGGGGACGUGGGCACCGACCUGUGGCUGGCCCUCGACUACUACCGGCGCGGCGACUACGGCUGCUCGGCGCUCACCCUCGCCUUCGUGCUCGUGCCGUCGCUGCUGGUGCAGAGCCUGAGCUUCCGCUGGUUCGUGCAGGACUACACGGGCGGCGGGCUGGGCGCCGUGGAGGGGCUCAGCAGCCGCGGGCCCCCCAUGCUGGGCGCCGGGCACGGCCCCCGCGGCGGCGCGGGCGCGGGGGGCUCGGCCACGCCGGGGGCGCAGCGCCUGUGCCGCCUGUCCGUGUGGAUCUGGCAGUCGGUCAUCCACCUGCUGCAGCUCGGCCAGGUGUGGAGGUAUAUCCGCACCAUGUACCUGGGCAUCCAGAGCCAGCGGCAGAAGGAGCACCAGCGACGCUUCUACUGGGCGAUGAUGUACGAGUACGCGGAUGUGAACAUGCUGCGCCUCCUGGAGACCUUCCUGGAGAGCGCCCCGCAGCUGGUGCUACAGCUCUGCAUCAUGGUCCAGAGGAACAGUGCCGAGACGCUGCCCUGUGUAUCCUCUGUGACCUCCCUGAUGUCCCUGGCGUGGGUGCUAGCGUCCUACCACAAGCUGCUGCGGGACUCCCGGGAUGACAAGAAGAGCAUGAGCUACCGGGGCGCCCUGGUGCAGCUCUUCUGGCGCCUCUUCACCAUCUCCUCCCGGGUCAUCUCCUUCGCCCUCUUCGCCUCCAUCUUCCAGCUGUACUUCGGCAUCUUCGUGGUGGUGCACUGGUGCGCCAUGGCCUUCUGGAUCAUCCACGGCGGCACGGACUUCUGCAUGUCCAAGUGGGAGGAGGUGCUCUUCAACAUGGUGGUAGGGAUCGUGUACGUUUUCUGCUGGUUUAACGUCAAGGAAGGGCGGACUCGAUACCGAAUGUUCGCCUACUACACCAUAGUCUUGACCGAGAACGCGGCCUUGACGCUCCUUUGGUAUUUUUACAGAAACCCGGAGACCACGGACUCCUUCGCGGUGCCGGCCCUGUGCUGUGUCUUUGUUAGCUUUGUGGCUGGGAUGGCGCUGAUGCUCUUAUAUUACGGCGUGCUGCAUCCCAUGGGGCCGCGGGCUAAGAUCUUUGCCAGCUCCUGUUGUGCCGAGCUGCUCUGGGGCAUCCCUCUGCCCCCUGAUGUUGAGCCCAUGGCGCCCCAGACCCCUGGGUACCGGGGGGCCCAGGUGACGCCCACCAGAGCCGUCACGGAACAACAGGAGGAUGUCACGGCUGACACUUGCUUGCCCGUGUUCCAAGUGAGGCCCACGGAGCCCUCGACCCCGUCGGGGCGCCCUUACCACCCGGAAGGCCCCCUCAUUAAGAUUGACAUGCCCAGAAAGAGGUACCCGGCCUGGGAUGCCCACUUUGUAGACAGGCGGCUGAGAAGGACCAUUAACAUCCUGCAGUACGUGACGCCCACGGCGGUUGGCAUCCGCUACCGGGACGGCCCGCUCCUCUACGAGCUGCUGCAGUACGAGUCCUCGCUCUGAGCCGCUGCCCGGGCCCCCUGGGGCGUCAGGUGCAGUCCGCGCUCUGAGCCCCAGGCCCCCGGGCCACAGGGGACGGCAGGUGUGGGUCAAGGUAGACGCCGCUUGCAAGAAAUAUAACCUCCCCUCCCCCCCACCCCCAGUCCACAGACUACCACCAUCACCAUCACCACCCACAGAAACGAAAGCAAAACAGAAAAUUAUCAGUCACCACCCCUUCAGAUAAGCUUUCUUUCCAGUCACUGUAUGUAUACAAAGAUAUUCUCUAUGUUUUGUAAGUGAGAACAAAAAGAAAAUCUUCCUUUUGUUUUUUUACACACAAGAAGCAGUAUUGACAAAUCCCACAGUAGGUUCCUAGCGUGGAGAAGGAGGGGCAAUCUCCACUCCAAAAGUAAAAACAACAACCAAGUUUUAUACCUUACGCCCAGUGUAGACCAUUCACGGGAUUGGUGCUGAUCGAAAGAACAAAAAACAAAACAAAACCUUCAACUGCCUUAUGCCUGUAGGUGCUGAGUUUCAUUACGUACUGUCAGGUUUUCUCAUGCAAAAUUCUUCUCCAGGACUUUUGCACCUGGAGAGGGAAAAUCAAACUAUCAAAUGAAACAAAUCGAAAGAUGAAACAAAAACCAACCAACAAAUAAAACGCAAAGCGUUAUUUGAUUGGUUUUAUUAUUACUACUAUUAUUUUUGGGUUUUUGGAUUUUGUUUUUUGUUUUUUCCUAUUUGAUGAUUUGUCUUGAGGAAAAAAAAAUUACCAAAAGCAGAGGCAUAGAAACCUCUCUCCCUUUUCGGCUGUUCUCUCCCCUCUCCUGGCCCCCACCCGCAACUUAGCAGCACCUUCCAGGAGCCAGUGAGCCUUUGGAAACUCAACUGGCUGGGCCAGCUUCUGGAAGGCUGACUGUGUGCCAGGAUCAAAUGCCCUAAUAAGAAUCACAUUUGUUCCUUGGCAAGAAAAAAAAAAGUGCAAAACAGAACAAUACAAAAAGCUGCCCUCCCAAUUGGCUAAGAAUAGGCAAUUCUAAAGCAAAUUAAGGGAGACUUCGACAUUUGUCAUCGCAGAGAGUCAGUAAUAAUAAAACUCAGCAUAGUAGCGAGAGAGUCGCCACCAGGCUGGAGGCGGGACGCCGUCUGCCCCGUCGCUGAGGGCCGUGAAGGCGCACGUGGAAGGCCUCUUCUCUUUCCAUUAGGUGGGAAGCCUUAAACUGAGCUGGAAAGAAUUCUUCAUUUUUUCAUUUGUGCUUUUUAAAAAUAUUCACACAAAGAGGAAAAUUAGGAUAUACACACACGUCAAUUCUGAUUUAAGUGUAUAUAUAUAUAUACACAC